CAGAAAAAAUAAGAAUUAUUUGUAUUAGGAUUUUUUAUUUCAGUGAGCUUUGCCUUUAGAUAUAUAGUUUACUUGUUUGCUAAUUCAAUGCAGAAAAACCUUGAAGAUCAUCAAUAAAAACACAUUGAGUAAUGUUUCUGCAAAUGAACUGUUCAAAUAUCUUGUCAAAAAGAGUUGUAGAGUCAUAUUAAUGAUGUUCCUUCCUCUCUUUAGAUCAGCUAUGUGUGCAGGAGAUCCACGAACUUCACGCAGAGCCCAUCAGUAGCUCUAAAUUCUUCUGCACUGCUGUGAGCAACCUGGAGCUGGAAGUUCUCCAACCUCCAGCUCUUGAUGAUCCAGCAGACGAAGAUUUGGACUUUAAACCUGAAGUGAACAGCUUUGACUCUGCAGUGGUCAUUGAGAACGACUCUGCAGAGCUUCACUUCCCAGAAGACAAUGAAUCCUCCCUCAGCGAGGACAGCCUGGAGCAAGAGCUUGAUAGUCCUCCAAGUUCACCAUCCGAUGAGGACAAUGAACUUCCAGUGAGCCAGCAGCUCAUAACAGAUGACAUCUGUGACUCUGCCCUGGAUGAAAACUCGAACCCUUCACCGGAUCAGGUCUCACAAGAGGACUCUGCUGUGAAGUCUACAGCAGAUGAUGGGACCUGCUUGGACAAUAAUGACAUCAGCUGCCGCUACAAACUCGGAAAGCAGCUUGGUGAAGGAGGUUUCGGCUCCGUGUAUGAGGGGAUUCGCAUACAGGAUGGUCUGCAGGUGGCAGUUAAAUUUGUCCAGAAGACCCCAAAUAUGCAAGAUGUCAGCUCUUCAUGUGACCAGCCACUUCCUCUAGAGAUCACCUUGGCAAACAUGGCCAGCGGUGGCUCCAGGUGUGCGAACAUUAUUAAGCUCCUGGACUGGCAGGUCUUUGAAAACCAUUAUGUCAUGGUGAUGGAGCGGCCUAGUCCAAGCAUGGACCUGGAGGCAUUCCUUGAAGUCAGCGGAGGAGUCCUCAGUGAGAAAACAGCACAUACCAUCAUGAGGCAAGCUGUUUAUGCGGCCAACGUGUGCUGUUACCGCGGGGUGUUCCACCGGGACAUUAAGCUUCAAAACCUGCUGGUGAACCCCGACACACUGGAAGUCAAGCUGAUCGACUUCGGGUGUGGAGACUUCAUGAUGGAAUCAGCCUACAGUCUCUUCUCUGGCACAGAAGCGUACAUCCCGCCAGAGUUUUAUGAAAAAGGAUGCUACCGGGCCAAACCAGCGACGGUCUAUUCUCUUGGGGUUCUUCUGUUCACAAUGCUCCAUGGAGAAUUCCCAUCAGCGUAUGACCUGUACUACCUCCAACAUGACUGGUCCAAAUUUACCCUCUCUCAAGGUGAGAUGUUCAUCAAAGAACAAUUAAGCAAAAACGGUAUAAUAAUAAUAAUAAUAAUAACAAUAACCUCACCUCUCCAUUUCUUCUUCACAGAAUGCUGUGAUAUGAUGAGGGCUUGUCUGCAUGAGAAUCCAGAGUGCAGAAUUCCUCUAGAAGAGAUGCCUUACCACGACUGGUCCAUGCUGGAGUUCUGAGUCACAUUAGCAGAAUGUUUUGUAUAUUUGAUUUUUGUACAUGUCUGUAAUAAAGAUAUAUUUUAUUGAACUCA